AUGGGCUAUUUCUGCCAGAAUUGCCUGGCACCGAUAAACUUGGACGAUAGUCUUCGAAACCUUUCAGACCAGCAGCGUCACCUCCUUGUUUCGCGUGCUGCAAAAGCUCCUCCAACGCCGGGUUUACCGGCUCCAAAGUUUAUACCAAAAGACAGACUUGAGCGGUACAAUCGAGCACUUUCGCUGAAUCCGACGGAAGCAGAGCUACGCGAUAACACACAGGGCUCUCAUGCCGAAAAUUCGUACGAUUCGCAUCGCUCGUUCGUGUACAUUUCCGAUAGUGAAGAAGCGCAAGAAGGAAACAGUGCUAAUGAGCACCAGGAGGAUGAAAAUAGGGAGACAAACGGACAUGCGAAAGCACAUGCCGUUGAAAAUGGCUCCGACCAAUUGCCGGACUUCUCCAAGGUCAAAUCGCUCAAUCAAGUGUUCCGAAUCCUUCUGACAAACCAAGACGUAAGCCAUCCAAUGUGCAAGGAGUGUGCGGCGCUUUUGACCGAAAACUACAAGCUCAAGUUUGACCAUAGUCAGCGCGAGAAGGAGCAAUAUGCGUCGUUUCUCAAGAAGCUCAAGGACCGUUCCAGUGCUCCUACCUCUUCUGAGGCAGCUUUAGAUGCAAAAUUAAGCGGUGCCGAAGCAGAACUCCAAGAACUUCGUAAGUUGGAGGAAGAAAAACUACAGGAAUUGGAGCUGCUUGAGGACAAGCAUUCAGAGCUCAUGCAGCAGAUAUCCCAGCUAGAUAGUAAGCUCGAGGAGAUAAACGAAACGGAGCUCAGUGAAUUGUUCAAAAUGAAAAACACCUUUACUUCUAAUCUUCAGCUUGAGCUGGCCCGCUUGGAACAGGCCAAGGCGCUCUAUAAAAAGCAUCUCAACCAGUUGGAUCGCUUGCGAAGUUUCAAUGUUUACACCAGACUAUUCGAUAUUCUGUUCGAUGCGGGCGACGGGUUCGGUCGCAUCAACGGUUGUCGCUUGGGAUACCGUGUUCCUUGGCCUGAGCUCAACGUUUCCUUGGGGCAUGUGGCAAGACUUGUUACUUUUUUGAAGCUGCGCUUGGAUGUGCAGCUCGAUUCUUACAAGAUCGUGUCGCUUGGUCUGAAAUCUUAUAUUGUAAAGUAUGGUCACAAGACUGACGAAAGUGCUGAGCCCGCCCAACAGACAGAGCUGUCUCUCCACAGUGCUAACGAACCUGCUAGCACAACCUCUUCGAACCGUUCCGGAACUGUUCUACCUCUUUACUCAUCCAACGAGUUUACCUUGGGCAAGUUAUUUAAUUACAAUUCCAUCGAUGUGUCGAUGCUUGCGCUUUUGGAUAUAUUGAGUCUCUUUGAGAGAGACUUGGUCAAGCGGGACGAGGGUUUGGCAUUUCCAUACGUGAUUUCCGCCACAAAGGGAACAAUCGGUGGGCGGAGCAUACGUCUUUCAUCUAAUAGUCCUUGGACGGAGGCCUGCCGCUACUUACUCACGGAUUUGAACUGGAUUCUUUCCUACGUCAGUGCGCAGCCAGCACCAGACACUUAG